AUGGAAGGUCCCUUUGCGUUCAUCGGACUUGGAUCCAUGGGAUCUGGAUUGGCGAGAAAUCUCCGCCAGAAGAUCCCCUCUUCAUCCAAGCUGUACAUCUACGACACCAAUCGUGCAGUAUGUGACAAGUUUGUCGCCGAUUUCAAUGAGUGUGGACCUAUCGAGAUUGUCGAAUCACCGAAAGAGGCAGCAAUGCACGCCAAAGUUGUGGUAUCGAGUUUGCCAUCUGUGGAAGCUGUUCGUGCAGUCUACCUGAGCGAGACAGAUGGCUGUAUUCUUGCGGCCCCAAAUGCAAACCGCUUGAUCCUCGAGACUAGUACUAUCGAGGCCUCUGUGGCUCGAGAGCUCUCCGUCAGCCUGGAAGCAAAGGGAGCCGGCUGUUACGUGGAUACUCCCAUCUCGGGCGGACCUCAAGCAGCGGCUACCGGUACAUUGUCUUUCAUGAUCGGGAGACAAAAGCCAGACGAAUCUGAUACAUUGGGUCAGACACUUCGCCAGGUUCUAGAAACGAUGGGCGACUCUGAGAAACUGUUCUGGUGCGGCAAGACCGGUGCCGGGCUCACUGCGAAGAUCAGUAACAACUAUAUUGCUAUUUCUGUCUUUCUUGCAGUUACGGAGGCGACCGCAAUUGGAGUCCGAUCUGGUAUAGACCCAGAUGUGCUUCAUGACAUUAUCCACAACUCAUCGGGGCAGACAUUCAUGGGUGAUAUCCUUAGGAGGGUCCCAAGAGCAGCGUUGCAGAGCAACCAUGUUUUCCCAAAGGAUAUCAUGGUCAAGGAUAUUACUCUUGGUGUGCAGGCGGGAAAUGAGACCAAUGUCAAUCCUAGAAUGGCUCUGGCUGCCCAGGCGAUUUGGACAGAGGCUGCGAAGAAUCCGGAAACCCUCUAUCUGGACGGUUUCCAGGAUGUUAAGAAAUAA